CCCCAUCUGUUAUCGGUUAUUAUGUGUGCCGUAACAGUGAGUGGUGGUAUUUACAAACGGUUGUUUACCCAAAAUAAUUUAAGAAUGUCCAUAAAGGCAGCUCUUAUUGAUCUAAGUGGCACUUUGCAUAUUGAAGAUGAGCCGACUCCAAGCGCUGUAGAAGCAUUAAAAAGAUUGCGAGACACCAAUAUACACAUCAAAUUUGUAACGAAUACUACAAAGGAGUCAAGGAAAACACUACAUAAUCGUCUAACAAAAAUCGGCUUUGAACUUCAAGCAGAUGAAAUAUAUAGUUCACUGAGUGCCGCAGCAAAGUAUGUGGAGAAAGAGAAACUUAACCCGUUGUAUUUGGUUAGUGAAGAUGCACGUAAGGACUUUAGCGCUCCGAUUGACGACAGGCCACUAGACUCAGUAGUAGUUGGAUUGGCUCCAAGUGAAUUUUACUAUGAAAAUUUAAACAAGGCUUUCAAGUUACUCAUGUCCAACAAGAAUAAUCGAUUGGUGGCUAUACAUCAAGGAAAAUACUACAAGCGAAACGAUGGUCUAGCAUUAGGCCCUGGAGCUUUUAUUAAAGGACUAGAAUACGCCACUUCUACGAAUUCGGUGCUAAUAGGAAAACCAAAUGAAUACUUUUUCCGAAAUGCCAUACCGGAAGGCAUAUGCUCAGAAGAAUGCGUAAUGAUAGGAGAUGAUCCUUAUGAUGAUAUUGCAGGCGCAAUGAAGUUGGGCCUUAAAGGGAUUCAAGUUAAAACGGGAAAAUAUUUAGCGGAUGUAAUGAUUACACCGCCACCAACCGUUGUAGUAGAGAACUUCUCAGAAGCCGUUGAUUGGUUAAUAGCGAAGAAUUUGGAAUAAAAAAAUACAUAAAUGUAAUUUAAUUAUUACUGGGUUAUUAAAUAGAAGGAAAUUACAAUAGCUCAAUAAAUGUUCAAAAAUAA